AGCAGAACGCAGAACGAAACCACACCGCCUUUAGGUUUUGCACUCGCGGUGCUGCAUCAUAAGAUUGAUCAGCUGGCUGGCUGACCAGCAGGAGUGAGAGUGACCUGCAGGCAUGGCUACCUCCAGAUUCCACAUGACCUGCGCUCUCCUCCUACUUGGUGCUGUGCUGCUGGGGCAGCAGGAGCAGAUGGGCACCGAGGCCGUCGUGUGCCCUCUCUACUGCCUGCAAGUGGACUACAUGACCUGCCCGUCCUCCGGCUCCGAGAAGCUCCCGGCGAAGUGCAACUGCUGCCUGGCGCGGGCGCCCAAAGGCUGCACGCUCCAUCUCUCCGACGGGACGCAGCAGACUUGCUCUUAGGCCUUGUUUGGAUGUUGUCGGACACUUCAAUCCAUAUGUGUUGGUGUGGAUUGGGGUGGAAUUUAGUUUAAAUUUCUCUCCAGUCCACCUUAACCUAUGUGGAUUGAUGUGAAUCCAACUAAGGUCUUAAUUGGGAUGGCUGAUGGCGUGCUGGUUUCCUCCGCGUUCUUGUUUUCACAAGUAGUACUACGUAUACUGAAUACUGGCUAGGAAGAAGCCAUAUAUGUAAGUAAUUAAUAAUGAUCUCUGGACCCAGCAACCUGCUUAAAUUAGCUACCAGCAGGCAAGAUAACUUCUUCAGCAAAUAAAGCCUGCUUGCGCAGGGCCAUGCAUCGA